AAUUUCUUUUGGCAGCUGCCAAAUGUAUAACAUAGGAAAUUAACAAAUUGCUCAAAACUUAAAUGCAAACAACUAACUCAAACACUAAGCCAAUUGCCAAGCGCACUGAGAGCGCCGAGAGCUGGGCGAGCACCGUGAGCCAAGUUGGCCAGGUGCCCGCCAGGUAAACACACGCACACCACAAAUGGCUCCAAAGCAAACAACACUCAAUUACACACAGGGCUCGAAGAAAGAAAAAAAAAACAAGCAAACGCAGCAGUUGAAAUAAGUGCGAGAGACAAAGCGCGGCCAAAACCAGUGCAAUACCAAGCGACUGCCCGUUCGGAGCUGUCCCCAGUUAAGUUUCCCAAAAGAAAAUCAACCAAAAAAAAAAAAAAAACAAAAUAACAAACAACAAAUAUGCGCUUGGAGCUGCAGCUGAAGCUGCUGCUGCUGCUUUCGCCGGCGCUGCAGGCCGCAGUUGUGCCGCAGCUGGAGCAGCCCGUGGACGCAGUGCAGGAGAUUGGCUAUCUGGAGCUGAAGCCGAAUGGCACGUUGAUCUUGCGACAUGCCGCCAAUCAGAGUGGCGGCAAUCUGCAGAAUUUGCUGCUACUACGCAGCGUGUUGCAAGCACUCAAGCUGCAACCCGGCGAGGAGCAGUCCAAGCUCAACUUCAGGAUCUAUGGCGACGGUGUGGAGCAGAAGUUUCCGCCCCUGCUGGAGAACAUAAUACAGCGCAUACAAACAUUCUUCUCCAUCUACCGCUACACGGACACCAGUCGACCCGUGCGCAAAGAAGAGCCCACCACGGAGCAGAUCGUAAGCACGCGAAGGGCUGAAGAUCCGAAGGCAACUCAAGUGCCCCCACAACAGCAGGAGGCCUGAUUAGUUGUGGGCGAGGAUUGGACUGCGGAUCGACUGAAAUAUGAGAGAUAUUAUAUUUAUUUAUUUGGUAUUUACUUUGGUGUUUAGCUUAGCGAUUGACCAGCAAUAAAGGCCACGCUCCACGGACAUUGUAACUGUAACGUGGUGAGGCGCCCGCAUUUUGGCCAGCUUAUGGCUGGGCACGUAUCCACGGGUACUUAGUAUGCGUCGCCGUGCGUGGAGCGCGAUUUAU